AUGGAACAUCUGACCAUCACCUUGGAGUUGCUGAAGGAGCAUUCCCUCUUUUCUAAGCUUAGAAAGUGCUCCUUUGGGCAAUCACAGAUUGAUUAUUUAUGGCACAUUAUAUCUGGAGAUGGUGUUGCUGCUGACCCUGAGAAGAUUGCUUGUAUAAUGAAAUCGCCAGUUCCAACUACAUUAAGGGAUCUGAGAGGGUUUCUAGGACUUACUGGUUAUUACAAAAAAUUUGUGAAGGGUUAUGGCAUUAUAUGUAAACCCCUUACUGAGCUUCUCAAGAAAAACAAGUUCCAAUGGAGUGAGGCAGCUCAAACAACAUUUCAACUAUUGAAGGAAGUUGUUACUACCACUCAUGUCUUGGCACUCCCAGACUUUACUACAUCCUUUGAGGUAGCCACUGAUGCUUGUGAUGUUGGUGUUGGAGCUGCAUUGAUGCAAUAG